GGAAGUUGACAUUUAGGUCACACUCAAAAUACAACGAACCUUCAGUAGUGUCAUGAGUCCCUGAAGUUGAUGGUGGAUUUUAGUUUUUUUAAACGGAUACCAUGGUUUCUUACGCGUUUAUUAUUUUAGCCAUUGCUGUACCAGUGCUUGGUGAUGACCCCAAGGUUCGGAUCACAGGGACUGACCCACCGCUGCACCCGGUGGAGGGCGUCAUUGUCCAGCAGAAGGACAAGGACGUACAACUGACCUGCUUUGUGGAGAAUAAACCGCUCCAAUCUGAGGUACAAUGGACCGUUUUACCGAAAAACUCAACAGUGGUUCAGAUUGCCACAGCGACAAGAUCUUACGACCCGUUCCGGUGGUCCAUCGACAACCCGUCCUCCACUGCCUGGCGUUUGCGGAUCCAGAAUGCUCAGGUGACAGAUGAAGGAAUUUACACCUGCAAGGUCCAGGUGGUCUCACAGAACUACAACCACGAUUCCAGAGAACUGAGGAUUGUCCAGACGCCAAAGAUCUCCGACCUGAUCACCAGCAGCGACAUGACCAAGAAGUCGACCGACCCCGCCCUGUUCGAGUGCUACGCCACAGGCCGCCCAGAGCCGCUCAUCACGUGGACUCGUCUGGCUGGGGAGCUCUUGCCCAACGGAGGAACAGAGUUCAGGGGCAAUGUUUUCAGGAUUGAGCAGGUGACUUCUGACCACGCUGGCGUCUACAAGUGCACGGCCUCAAACUCGGCCGGCUCUGUGGAGAGAAAAGUCAGGCUCACCGUAAACUUCCGUCCGGAAGUGUAUGCAGGUACCCCGAUUGUGCGACAGAAGGUGGGAUACGUUAAGGAGCUGGUGUGUAAUGUCAAGGGAUACCCACAGCCCUCGGGAGGGAACAUAAGGUGGACCCAUGAAGGAAUGCCAAUUUUAAACCAGGGGAGAUUUCAGAUACGUAACAUUCCCGGGGCGUACAACCGCAUUACAAGCAUCCUAGAGAUCAAAGGCGUGCAUCAGGAAGACUUCGGGAGCUACCGGUGUGCCGCCAGUAACUCAUUAGGCUCCCAGUACACCGUCCUAGAGUUGGUCUCCUCUAACGUGGCCACGCCCACCAGGAAUGGACAGAUCAUCAGUUCGGCGUCCAGUCUGUCCUUUAACCUGGCCACCCUCAUCAUGCUCAUCUCAGUCUGGCUGUUACAGCGCGGGGGACAACACUGAUCUUACCGACGACUGUCGCCACAGCAACCGUUCCUUACAUCAUUUGGGAAUUGAAGGAGAAGCGGGGGGGGGGGGGGGGGGGGUUCAAAUUAACUUGUUUUGGUUUUUAAGUAUGAAAUUUAGACAAAUAUUUUUUUUUGGACGGGGUAAAUAUUUGAGUUGUAUUUCUUUGGAAGCUUUACAAGAUUUACUUCUGUGAGGUACUCGGGAUUUUACUAGAAACAAACCUGUAGACCACCAAAGUCCAUUUUUACUGUGGUAGUGUAGUUUCAGGGAAUUUUGUAUGAACUUUAUAAGUCGGAAAAUCAUUUACUAUUAGAGCGUAUUAUUGGGUUUUACAUUUUUCAACUGCCCAGGAGUUGGGUUGUUGGGGGUUUUUUUGUGCUUUCAUCUAUUGUUUGUCAGGUCUUUUGUUUUUAAUUCUUGCUGGUUUCAACUGUUAAGACAGCUUCUUGCUUGGUCAGUUUGACAAAAUAUUUGAGAGGAGGACUAUUUCUGAGAGAGUGGAUUCCGGUUUGCAAUUUGCUUACGUACAUCGUAGCUUUGGCUGGUAGACUGUUUACCUUGUUUACCCCCACUUGUACAUUCCUUUGUUGUCAUUGUAAUUAUCAUGGAUCACCUCCAUUGUACAUGAUUCACUGUUCUAAAUGCAAAACAGUUUUUCAACUAUAGUUUUAGAUGAUUUUUUAUACUGGAGAUAGUAUGUUACAAGUUGGUUCACUCUAUGAAAAGAAAACCAAAGUAAAUUUUGACAGAUGUCAUUACCGGCUUAAAUAAAAGUGUUUUGUUUUGUUUCUCAAGUAGUUCUUUUAGAACAAUCAUUUCUCACAACUUUUUUUCAAAGCACAUUAUUCCCUUUUUAGUUUUAGUAAGACUUUUACAGCACUUGCAACAUAAAUAGUAGAUCAUGCAAGUGACGAAGAAUAAAAAUGUUCCUCAACAGUAACAUUCAAAGAAAAGGAGGAGGAGAGAUGAGUGCAAUAGAUGUUUUAUAAGAAAGAAGGACCAAACCACACCAGAGCACGCACCCACCACCCACACAUCAUUCCCUAAAAAUAGUAUCCAAAGUGAAGUUCUAAGACGUUGCCACCAGUGUGCUGGAAGAUUAUUUGGUAUGUCAAAUCUGGGUCUGUAUGCUGGGACGACAUAUCCCUCCAGCCUGGGUGUGCCUGCCUCCUAUAUUAUCUAAAUUGUGUCAAUAAGAACAUAAAACAUUCACAGUUACAAUUUUGAAAUAGAGGAGUGAACCAUCGUGUAGUGUACAAUUUCUGUUUUAGAUGAAAUGUGGCCAUCGUUCCUGUUUAUAUCCUGCUGCUAUGAAAUAAUUAAUAAUCCUGAUUUUUUUACUGUACAUAAUAUGUGUGUGUGUGCAUAGAGGAGUGGUUGUGCACUUGUCUGUCUAAAAUAUCUGAAGUGACUGAUCCAUCUUUUUAAGUUUUGAACUGAAUUGAAAGUUGGAAGACAUUUAUAUUUGCACCUGUAUCGUCUUGCAUCUCAUCAUGAUUACAUCAGUGGUGAUUUGUGUUUCUUUAAAGAGAUGUUAAAUUUCUUUGAAAGUGAGGAUAACAAGUUGGAGAUAACUGCCACCCUGUAUUCUUGAGCCAAGAAUUUCAAAAACUUGUCAUUUUUUUUUCAAGAUUUAACGUAGACUUCCUGAGGUCACAAGUCACUGCUUUAAAUAAUGGCAUGAGAUGCUUCAAGAGUAUAGCGGUGUGUCACAUUACACAGAACCAUGGUACUGCCGUUGUUGAUCGAACUGAUACUACUAGUUUUUAUUUUGGUGUUUUUGUUCUGUGUUGAAAUGUUGACUAAAAAAAAAA